AUGGACUACCAGCAGUGUUUCCAGAACUUUCUUGUGGAAGCGGACAAGUACCGUGCUUCAAAGCAAGCGGAGCUCCAGGCGAAGCACCAUGACAUCGACGAGAUGAUCUACGGUCUUAUCCAAAACCACGCUGGUUUGACGGACGACAAACGCCUCAAAGUGUGGCAAUUGAUCCAACAGUGCCGCCACACUUACACUCAAGAAAUGGACGUGAUCAGCGCCGAAUUGAAGCUUGAAUCAGCCAUUGACGCCUCGAUAGUCGGCCAGAAAAAGCACGAAGGCGACGCCGAAGCUAAGCGCCGAAUUGCCAUCGAGACACUCGUCGCCAGAUACAAGCAUGUAUUGGAAACCCACGCCGAGAUUAGCGCCAAGGACCAGCGUACCCUUGAAGGGCGGUUGUUUGUCUACCAACGCCACGUUAACUCGUUCACAGGAGCCUACCGGGUGGGUCUUUUGAGACUUCUUACGGAAGCGUUUGGAGGGGCCAUGGCGACUUACCAAAACCACCUGACUCACAAUUACGAGUUUAUCGUACAAUCGGAGGAAGGCGUCAAAAAGUUCUCCAUGACCGAACCGUGGUAG